UUUACUCAAAGAACACAGUUUUCUAGAUUCUAGUCUUCUAGAGAUAAGAGUGAGAGAGAAGAGAAGAGAAGAGAAGAGAAGAUCCAAAAGCGUGGGAAAAUCAAAUUAAGGUUUUGCGAUAAUGGUUGAUACUGUCGACAAAUUAGGUUACUUCCAAGCGAUUACAGGUCUUGAAGAUGCCGAUUUGUGCACUGAGAUCCUUCAAGCUCAUGGUUGGGACCUAGAACUCGCAAUCUCUUCAUUCACAUCUUCUGAUCAUGACGCUUCGUCUUCCGCCGCCGUCGAUGGUGGUAACAAUCACGAUCACGAUCACGAUAACGCCGCCGUGACUCCUGAUUAUCAACCUCGUGGGAUCGUUGACGACACAGAGCUUGUUAUGCGUGAUGAUGGAGGAGGAAAUCAAGGUCCAGGAGUGGCGUGGAGGAUUAUUACUUUACCGAUUUCGAUUGUUUCUGGUAGCUUAGGGUUAGUUUCUGGAGCGAUCGGGUUAGGGAUUUGGGCUGCUGGUGGUGUUUUAUCGUAUUCCUUUGGUAUGUUAGGGUUUAGAUCAGGGAGAGGUGGUGGUUCGGCUGAUUCGUCGUCGGCGUCUCGGCUUGUUUCGGUUUCUUCUGCUGCUGGUGAAGCGAUGGAGUUUGUUGCUUUGUUUGAUAGAGAUUAUUGGAGUAAUAAUAAUGCUUUUAAGAUUGAUUUUGUAGUGGAAGGAUUUAUGGAUGCGCUUCAGCGAUCUAGGAGCUCGUUCAAGCUCUUGUUUGUUUACUUGCAUUCUCCGGAUCAUCCGGAUACACCUGUGUUUUGUGAUGGGACGCUUUGUAAUGAAGCGGUUGUAGCGUUUGUUAAUGAGAAUUUUGUUUCUUGGGGAGGUAGUAUUCGAUCUAGUGAAGGAUUUAAGAUGAGUAAUAGCUUGAAAGCAUUGAGGUUUCCGUUUUGCGCUGUUGUUAUGCCUGCUGCUAACCAGAGAAUUGCUCUUCUUCAACAGGUUGAGGGACCAAAAUCUCCAGAAGAAAUGCUUGCUAUAUUACAGAGAGUUGUAGAAGAUAGUUCACCUACGCUGGUAACUGCUAGGGUUGAGGCGGAGGAAAGAAGAACCAAUCUGCGUCUGAGAGAGGAACAAGAUGCUGCUUACCGGGCUGCUCUUGAAGCCGAUCAAGCAAGGGAGCGAGAGAGACGGGAAGAGGAAGAACGUUUAGAGAGGGAAGCUGCUGAGGAAAAAGAGGCUCAGGAGAGAGCAGAACGUGAAGCUGCAGAGAAAGAAGCUGCUAGAGUGAGAAUGAGACAAGAGAAAGCACUUGCUCUUGGAGAUGAACCUGAGAAAGGCCCUGAUGUUACACAAGUUUUGGUACGGUUCCCGAAUGGAGAAAGAAAAGGGAGGAUGUUUAAGAGUGAAACCAAGAUCCAGACAUUGUACGACUACGUUGAUUCACUUGGAGUCUUAGAUACAGAAGAGUACAGCUUAAUAACAAACUUCCCAAGGACAGUGUACGGAAGAGACAAAGAGUCAAUGUCACUAAAAGACGCAGGUUUGCAUCCUCAGGCAAGUCUCUUCAUCGAGAUCAACUAAAAACUGCUGAUUCUUCUGCUUCUUUCUCCUUUUAGCCCCUCUUAUUUUUUUUCAGGUUUUUCUCUAUUAAGAUAUUUAGUUUGUUGCUUCAAUUAUACAUUGGACGUGAUAUUACAUAUAUAAUAUACACACAUAUAUUCAGAAGUUGCGCCUCAUGUUGA